UACGCAUGUUGCCCAGACAGAAUGAGAUGGUCACCUACGUGUACUAAGCGUGGUUAGACAGGCUGGAUGGCCGUCUCGAGAAAUGUCUCGAGCGGGAGGGCAGCACGACGAGGCCGGAUCCGGAAGGGCGAGCUCAGGGCAGUGCGAGAGCAGAUGCCCUCGACAAGCUCAUACGUGCAGUGAGGGCUCCCGCCCAGAAUGAUUGCCGUGACACUCAAACCAAGCCUAAGCUGCCCUGCCAGGCCCCGUUAUUCAUGGCCCGCGCCGUAGGGCAGCGCCGAUCCGGAUCAGGCGGCAGCGUCGAUCGGCGAAGGCCAUGUUUGCGACAAGGUGCAUGUCUCGAAACAGUGGAUGCCCGGAUACACGGCGCCACGGCGCGGGCGCGGCUUUGCUGUUCUCCACCGCCACACGGCCCCCUGCAGACCCUACGCCGUCCGCCCGCCGGGGUAGAAACUGUCCUGGGUGAGGUCAGCCAAGGACGGGCCAAGUGGCUGCUUGUUUCGGGAGGCAUCUGCGACAGUCACGUCUCUGCGGGCAUCAAAAUGGCUCGCGCGUGUCUCUUGCUGCCCGCCUCGGUGCUCUUGCGGAUGGCGAUCACCUUCAUGGGUCAGGGCCACGUUGUUGGGAUGUGUGGCCAACGACAGCCACUGCCACAGCACACGACGUGGCGACCAAGCCAAGCCGUGUUUUCUGGAUCUCUGCCGCAGAACCGCAGUUUCAGUAGUGCGCGCCGUGUCAGUCGUCCAUCGAGCCAAGAACUAAACCUGAGGCGAGUUGCCGCAUCGCAGCACAGUGGUUCCCAGCGCGUUGCCUUUGGCGGCUGCGCAAGAACCUUUCGAAAAGACUUGAUACGCACAUCGAAACAUUACGACGCAGGCAGAUCCUUGAAACUGGAAGGAAACCUACUAGAAUCGCAAGUCUUGCGACCGGCCAAGCAGGAAAGAGUGUUUUGCGUAGAGAAGCGCGACCAUGUCAAGGCUCAAGCGCGCUGA